GAAACGCGCCAAAACCUGGUGCCUGAUGCCUGAAGGUGCAAAGUAACUAUUAAUAAUUGCAGUUUUCUUCCUUCAGUUCGCAAAUCUCAUGAUAUCAGAUCAUUACUUCCGUCAUUCUGUUAAUGCAUGGGAGUGGAAAAUUGUUCUGGUGAUUGACUGUGGAUGUUGAAAGACUGAGCUCGAAAGCGAGGGUUAAGAUUUUGAGGCAAAGAUGUACGGAAGAAAGGCAUCUCAACUAUUGAAGGAACUCUCCAGCAACGGAACAGGGCAAUUCACGGGUUUCAAUACUGAUAUGUUUGGUGAAGUACUUAAAGAAUGUAAUAUGCACCACCUUGAGCUUCAGUCAUUGAUGAGGAAAAUCCAGGAAGAGGGGUUGGACAUGCAAACGACUAGAAAUGCUGACCACUUUGGUGCAGUCAUCCACCAUCUGUCUUUAAUGCGCAAUAAACGUUGCCUCAUGGCUUAUGUCUAUAACCGAGCUGAAGUUAUUCAGAGCUUGAGGUGGAAGGUGGGGCCAGUACUCCCCCAAGAAAUUCAAGGAAAGCUGAACCAGUCUGAGAAAGAGUAUUUCAAGAAUCACUCUGCUUCUCUAGAGGCAUACAUGUCAGAACUGGAUCUGGAUUUGACUGUGGAUAUGGUGCCGCCCAAGGAUCCCUACAUUCGGGUCAGGGUGCUUGAUGAUAUUGGUGAUGAGGUGGUGCUCGAUGAUCAGUCACACAAUUUUGUUCGCCACUCUAUACACUUGCUUAAGGGAGUAGAUGCUGAGCAGUACAUCUCACAGGGCUUGAUGGAGGAGCUCUCAGGGUGAAAGAACAUGUUUCGGAUCUUAGGGUGACAUUUGAGGAGUCCAUACAACAACACCCAUUAUGUAUAACGGGAGGAAAAACAAUGUGCUACAGCAGUUGUCUUACGAAGGUACCCACGUGAAACCAGGAAACUGGCAAACUUUUAAUAACACAAGGGGUAAAUGCCAGCAAAACUUUGGAGCUAGCCAUCAUAGAGUUAAAUCUGACUUGAUUAGGACUUAGCUGAUGGUUAUCCAUGUUGAUUGACAACUCACUUAAGCUCUAAUUGUAGUCUGUUGUCUGUACAGAGGUUGGUUGAACAUUUGUGCGGGUUUAGAUUAAUUUAGACUUUUAUCACAUGCUAGAAAAGCACAUUUUUGAGCAAAACAAAGCUUGGAGAGAAGAAUGGAUGAUGUCCUACCAUUUUCUUCCAUACCAGAAAAUUCCAUUUUUGGCUUCUUUGCAACCCAUUCAUGUUUUGUUGUUCAAUUAAAGCUAUUAUUCCCUAAUGAAGGGUAGGUACAAUAUUGCUAACUUGUCCUCUCAUUUUAAGCUUAAAGUUAAAGGGUGUCUGGCA